AGCGAUUGAUUAAAAUAAAUGAAAAAUAAAAUUCAAAAAAAUCGACCAAUAGAUAUAAUAAUUUUUCUGAGAAGCUCUAUAUUAAUCUCAUGUCAGCAGAAAUCAUUAAAGUGACUUCUCUUUUAAUAUAUAGGGGAUAUUAAUUACAUAUGGGUUAAUGACCAAGUGAUUGGCAAAUUGUUGGCCGUCGAAGAUUAAGCAACAAACAGGUCUAAAUAUUUUUCCCUUAAAACUUUUAAACCUUUUUAGUAAUGGUCAGAUCACAUGAAUAAUCCAAGUUAUCCAACACACUGUCAUUAUUUUCAAACUAAAUGGUUAAUAUUAUCAUAUAGUUCAAUUAUUUUAAAAUUAUCAAAAUGAAUAAGUAUAUUCGGUUUGUUUUAUGUUUACAUAAUACAUAUAAUAUUUGACAAUUACAAACUAAUGUGUAAUCCAAUUUUAAUAUAUACACAAAAAUAUACAAUAUAAUAUAUUAUAUUUUUAUUAACACCACAAACUCACCCGCGCAUAGCAUUUUUAGCACCAAAAAUAUACAUUAUAAUAUAUUAUAUAUUAGCUUCAAAAAUAUACAAUAUAAUAAUAUUAUGCAAUAUUUAUAUUUAUCAAGUUACUAAUUAUAUGUAAUGUACAAUUAUUUGAAAUUGACUAUCUAAUACUAAUUUUAUUCCGUGCAAGGCAAAAAUCUUAUCCUAGUAAAUAGUAAAAGGAUGAAAAUAUUGUUUUCUUAAAAAAUCUCCAAUUGAUAGUGUUACAAAAAAAAAUAUAAUUUACCAAAAACUAAAAUCUACUUUAGAAUCUACAAACAACCAACUUUUUAAGGUUUUGUCUAGGUCAAACAUACUUGCGAGACCGGCUAUAACGCUAGAAUUUAGUUGAGUCUUUUGAUGGGUUGCGAUAGAAUCAGUGCCCUGCCGGAUUGUUUGAUAACUGAGAUACUCUUAUGGCUUCCGACCAUGGAUUCUGUUAAGACAAGCGUUUUAUCGACCCGGUGGAGAAACCUAUGGCUUGAUGUUCCAGGGCUAGACAUUAAAUUCCUUUCUAGCAAUGCUAAUACAAUCACUAGCUUCAUUAAAAGAUUUCUGGAAUUUAACAGCGAUGCACGCCUGCGAAAGUUCAAGAUAACGUAUGACACGUCCAAGGGUCAUGAUCCCUUUGGAAUCAGAGAGUGGAUCGCCACAGCUAUAAAUCGAGGAGCUCAGCAUUUAGAUGUGGUUUACACAUUUGUUAGGUAUAUGUCUUUCAAAGAGUUCAUGCCUCUAGACAUUUAUAAGAGCAAGACAUUGGUGUCUUUAAAGCUUGUAGAAGUAGGGAUGUCUAAUCCCGACUUUGUUGUUUCUCUACCUUGUCUGAAGAACAUGCAUCUUGAAAAAGUUACGUACAGUGGUAAGGAUCCUUCAUUCAUGGAGAAGCUCAUCUCAGGCUGUCCGGUUCUUGAAGAUCUAACAGUGUUCAGGUCGUCUGAUGAUAACGUACUGGCUCUUCGUGUGAGAUCUAAGAGUCUUAAGAGGUUUAGUGUAAGGUCUAACCGCUGGAGUAGAAUCCAUAGUAGGGAGUUCGCGCUGGAGAUUGAUGCUCCGGGACUCAAAUAUAUGAAGUUAGGAGAUCAAAAGUCUGAAAGAAUCGUGGUGAAGAAUCUAAGAUCUUUGUUUAUGGUCGACAUUGAUUCCAUAUUCAAUGUUGGACGUAACACUAAUUUGGAAAUGAAGAAAGAUACUAUCCGUGAUUUUCUCAAUGGUAUUUCUUGCGUAAGGCAUAUGAUCGUCUCUCAGCUUACUCUGGAGGUAUGCACACCUACUCUUGAUGCAUAUAUAAUAAUUAGUCUUCGGAUUAUUCUUACACUGACAAAAAUUUAGUUUAGUUCUUUAUGGGCUUCUGACAAAAAAAAAGUUGUGACCUGAAACCGUUAUUUU